AUAAAAGGAAAAGAUGAGGAAUAAGGAACCAAAAAAAACACACCAAAUUUAAACAUGCGAUCGGCUUGGCUCGUUUUCAUUUUACUGUGUCCUUUGUGUCACCAUGACGCGCCGCGUCCGCACCUGGCGCGUGAACCUUUUUUUUUUUUGACGGUGUCCAAAUUGAUUUAUCGAUCCUGCCUGCUUUUUUUUUCAAGCUUCACAGCAAGAAAUCGACCGCAGCCACCCAUGCACAUUCGACUCCACAGUGCUAAUCGAGGACCACUCGAUGCACGCAUUGACAUGGACGAUGUUCAAGUCAGCUUAUUGCGUGCUUACAUAUGCAAAACGUGGAAUUCGGGUACCGAUUGAUAUACAAUUUGUUAACGAGACUACUGCAGCUGAACCGUCCGCUGCUUCUUCACUUGCGAUCAGACGCCAACGUCCAACGCCUACCACACGCCACUCGCCUUACGAUCGCCCAACUUCCUCCCCCGAACAAAGUUCCUCAGGUGAUCAAGACGAGCUCGGCACAGGUGCACCGCGUGUACCACGAAAGAACAAAGGCUGGCUCAUCCAGCAAAACAAACUUUGGACAAUUGCACCAUCCGGCCGCUAUCGACGAUUGGUGGCCAGCGACAUCAAAAUGGCGGAUAAAUCAAAAUUGGAAUCCUGCUUUUUCGGUCGCGAUUAUCAGGGUCACCUUCCGCAUGUUCCCGUCGGUUACCGCACCGAGUUGCGACUGCAAAUGAGUUCGAUCGGCAUUCAUCGGCCUACCAUGGCCGGAAUUUACGGAUCUCAAUCCUUGGGAAAAGUGCUUUCGAUUGUCAUGUCCGGAGACUAUCCCGAAGACGAGGAUUACGGUGACGAAUUCUACUACGCAGGAAGUGGAGGACGUGAAAAACAAAGUGGCGUUCAAACUUUUAACCAGGAACUGACACGAAGUAACCUCUUGCUGGCGAAAUCAUGCAAGGCCAAAUUGGAUACAGUCAUGGGAGCGGAUGCCGGAGACCGCUGGCGGGAAGGCGCACCGAUUCGCGUGGUUAGAGGACGACAUCAAAAACAACACGUUACCCGUUUCGACAAUCGCCGUCAAAACUUUGCACCGUCAGAAGGCUAUCGUUACGAUGGCAUAUACAAAGUCGUACGUUACUGGCCGGAAACAGGGCAUACAGGUCACAUUGUUUGGCGCUUCUUUUUCCGAAGGGACGAUCCCCAUCCAGCACCUUGGACAUCAGAUGGGAUGACAUUUUCGCGACGCCAUUGUCGAGCGAUGCUGAAAGCGGAGCGCAAUGAGAAGCGAGUGCAGUCGAUCUAUUCAUUUUGCCAGGUACUACCCUACUUUAAGCCACCAAGGCAGUACUCUCGACGCAAUGAAACGAAAGCAUAUGGUUCAACUAGCCGACAGAUGGACCGAGACGACGUGAAUGACGAGAUAACGAACGUGGAUAUCGAAAUAGGUGCAUACAAACCAUCACGUCCUCUCAUGGAAGCACUUAAAAUGGAUCAAAUGAACAAGCGACUGUGGCUACGUUUGCUGAACAAAGCAUACCAAGAACAACAACACAUCACCGACGACCUUUUCUUCAUCGAAGCCUUGUUAAUGCAACCCGAGUUGCAAUGUUUAUUAUGCAAUGUCAAAGGGAAAAAAGCAUUCAGCGAGGUCACUAUUCCCCUUGUGCAUCACGAGUCAUAUCAUUGCACCCGAUGUGAUUAUAACUUCUGCUCUAAAUGUAUUAAAUCGUAUCUGGCUGCAAAGUGGCACGUUUGCCCAAAUUGUCUUUCCCGAAAAUCCCUCUGCACCAACACCCGCCUGAAAUACGUUUAUGAAACCAUCGGUCUCAUAACCCUUAACCAGUAAAUUUUACUGCAUGAAUUUAAAGCCCAAAACAGAAAGGCGAAAUUGAACACCCUAAACCACCAUUUAUGUAUUUUCAUAUGAUGUCAAACUGACAAAAAAUUCCCCGUUUCCCCGUUUUUUCGAGUUUAAAAAAGCGAACUGGAACAAUAAAACUGA